AGUAACAUUCCGUUCGGAAAAAAGGAAAGCAGCUUCUAAUUGUAAAACAUCUCUACUGCAGAGAGAGAGAGAGACAAAUACCCCAUUCACCUCUUUCAAUCUAAUCUAUGGCUUCAAUUUGAAGUUGUAGUUUUUACCUUUUUAGGCUCUAAACAAACACCAUUCAUCUCUCUCUCUCUCUCUCUCCCCUUAAAACCCCAUCUACCUUCCUGUUAUCCGACCGAUAUGGACUCACCGGGUUCAAUCUUUGAGAUUUACAUCCGUUACCAUGACAUUAGAUCACUAAAAUCAUGUCAAACGGAUGGACAUGAUGAACACGAGGGUAAAACUUCCAGGGAUGCUUUGGCUCAGCUUUCGAAAAUUGUGGACUUAAAAUUCCAUACAAGAACUUCAAUUUUUGAUGAACUUCUCAAGCUCAUGUCAAAGCUAGAACUUAUGGCGGAUUUCUCAGAAUUUUCUUGUUUUUAUGAUUUUGUAUUCUUCAUGUGCCGUGAAAAUGGUCAAAAGAAUAUCACUGUAAACAAGGCUGUUACAGCAUGGAAAUUAAUUUUAGCUGGGAGGUUUCGGUUGCUAAACCAAUGGUGUGACUUUGUUCAGGAAUAUCAACGACACAAUAUAUCUGAGGAUACUUGGCAGCAAGUUUUAGCUUUUAGCCGGUGCGUACAUGAAAAUCUUGAAGGGUAUGAUCCUGAAGGUGCUUGGCCUGUCCUAAUAGAUGACUUUGUUGAGCACAUGUACAGGGUAUUGGGGUCAAACAGGGAGUCAAACUUUUUCUGUAAUUGUGGUGAUUCAGAGUCUCAAUCAUGCGCAUUCGAAGACCCUCUUCCUGGUAAUUGCUUGAAAGUUCCCUUUCAGUUCCAUUUUGUACCUUGCCUUUUUGUUUUCACUUUUGUGUUACCUGUAAGCUGCUUCCCGAAUACUUGUUUUUUUGUUGCAGGAUUGAAAGAUACUCCUGGUUUGAAGAGGAAGUUGUCUAGCUUUCAAAUGGAGGAAAUGGCGUCCUCAAAUGCUGUCUUCCUUGAUUCUGUCAGUCCAAAUUUUAUAUUGAAUUCAAAGAGAAGUAGGCUGAUUGAUUACAGACCAUUGAACUGGGAGGAUAAUCCACCUGGUAAUUCAGCCAGUGACGGCAUGGAUAUCACCAAGCAGAAUAAUUCGCUGGGGUCCAUGAAAUCUCCAUGUGCAGUUGAAGGAUGCUUGUCGAGGGGCUUUGCAGGUUUAUUCUCAACUCGUUCCUAUCUACGACUUGACCGGGAGAGGAGAGUCUCGUAUACAUAGAGCUUCCACCUGAGUAACAAAUACAGGAAAACUGCCCAUUGCCACCCAGUCUUCAACAGUUCCACAAGGAUAUAUCUAUUUUGAAUAGCACUUGUAAGGGUUGUUGGUUGCAGGUCGGUGUGAUUGAUAGAAGUAAUAAAAAUAUUCCUUAGAUUGUUUGAUUUCAUAAUCUUGUCAGAAAAAAUAAACGAGGGUUUCCUGCUUCAAUGAAUGUGACUGUAUUUUUUGUUA